UCCCAAGGUCGGCACUCGCAUGCUUGUGACAUUAAGUGUUUAUUCUGAAUAAUGUAUCCUAAGACAAUCGUCGCAUAGAUGAGUCAUGACGGACUACAACUUUUCAACGUUUGAAAACUUUACCGGUGUUAGCAAAAGCGAUUUAUAUGGAAUGCCGCAUGCUGUGCUGUGGUACGCGACAGUUCCGUUGUUGCUUACCAUAAUAUCACUUAUAACAAUCAUCGGAAACGCCUUCGUCAUUGCAGCGUUCUUCACAGAUAAGAGAAUAAGGGAUAAGCCAUCGAAUAUUCUCAUCCUGAAUCUCUCAUUCACGGAUAUACUGAUCGGAUUAAUUAUUCUGCCAGUUAAUAUGAUAUAUUCAACCUUGGAUGUAUGGCCCUUUGGUGAAAUCGUUUGCAAAGUGUUUUUGUUCUUGGACUACACCCUUUGCAUUGUUUCGGUAUGGACAGUGGUGUUAAUAAGCAUGGAUAGAUACUGGUUGGUGAAGAAACAGCUGAAAUACGCGAGUUUCCAAACCCGUCGACGCGUGGUCGGAUCGCUAGUAUGCGUGUGGAUUGCUUGCUCAACUUUGUACGCAUUCCUAGUAUUCGGUUGGACCGAAAUUGCUAAGGACGUUGCACUUGUUGAUUACGCCAAAGACUGCGAACUGCAAUUUAGUUAUAGUGUUCCGACAACACUUUCUGUGAAUGCUGUAGAGUUCGUUAUUCCUUUUGCCAUAAUAGUUACCCUUAAUGUGGUCCUGUACUUCAACAUACGGAAGGGGCCCCAGGGGAUCGAGAGACGGAGACUGUCAAGCACGAACGGGCAAACGAUCCAGUACAUCGCGAUUUGUUCGGUCAAGUUACCAAACGAUUCUGUCAGGCAUCCCCAUUGCAUUGGCACAACCCCAAUGACUUCGGCCAGCGCGACUGAAGAAUUCAAUGCCCCCGAUGCCUCCGUCACACUGCGCACGCGCAGUAAGAGAGGUAGAUUUAACGCCGAGUACAGAAAACAGCUGAAAAUGCACGCGCAGCAUCGGAAAGCCGCGUUCUUCCUUGCCGUUUUCGUUGGGGUGUUCAUGUUUUGCUGGCUGCCGUACCAGUUCACCAGCAUCCGGAUGGCAUUCUGCGGCGAAUGUGUUCUGGAGAUAACAUGGGAUCUCACAAAUUAUCUGCUAUGGUGUAACUCUACGAUUAACCCGUUUUUAUAUGCACUUACGAACCUCAGAUUCAGACGGAAUUUUCUAUAUUUAUAUUAUAAAUAUAAUAAACUAUGUUGUCCUUGGAAGCGCACACUAGAACCCAAUCGGCCUGACAGCGAGGGUAGCUAGUAUCUAAGUUUAAAGCCAAAUAUAAGUUUUGAUCCCCAAAUGGGUAUAUCAUUGUUCUAGUUAAUUACUACAUUGGAAUACACUUUUGAGGUAUGUGGGA